CGGACAGCGGCCGUACCAGCACCAGCGGCAGCACCAGCAGGAGCAGCAGCAGCAGCAGCACCGAGAGCGGCGACGGCUCCGCACCGCCGCUCCCCCGCGCCCUGAGCCCGGCAGCCGCCGCCGCCCCGCUGGAUGCUCCGCAGCCGCCGCCGCCGAGGGCGGCCGCCGCCGGCCGGGAUCGCGCCCGCCCGCUGCGCCGAGGCUCGGCGAGGCCACGGCUCUGAGGCUGCGGCGGGGAGCGAGAGCGGCGAGGGAAGGGAGCGAGCCCCGCGGCCGGAGCCCGGCCCGUCCCGGGGGCCGCUCGGACUCGGACUGCGCCCUCCUGCUCGGCCCCGGGCGGAGGUGGCCGUGGGGAUGCCAGGGGGGCUGCCGAGCGGGAGAGGACCAGCACUGCCAGAGAAGAGUUUUCCUCGGAGCUGGUGCUGCUAAGUCUCAGAUCCCGACCGUGAACAGGUCACCCUAAAGAAUGGCCGAGCCUUCUGGGAACGAGCUGGCGUCCGCGGCUGCCAAGGGGGACCUAGUGCAACUUACUAAUUUGUUGCAAAAGAAUGUAAACGUCAAUGCACAAAAUGGAUUUGGGAGGACUGCGCUGCAGGUAAUGAAACUCGGCAAUCCCGAAAUUGCCCGGCGGUUGCUCAUGAGCGGUGCGAACCCCGAUCUGAAAGACAGUACUGGCUUCGCUGUAAUUCACGACGUAGCCAGAGCGGGUUUUCUGGACACUUUGCAGACUCUGCUGGAGUUUAAAGCCGAUGUUAACAUCGAGGAUGCCGAGGGCAACCUGCCCCUGCACCUGGCCGCGCAAGAGGGCCACGUGCCGGUGGUGGAGUUCCUGCUGAAGAGCACGGCCAGCAAGGUGGGCCACCAGAACAAGCGGGGCGACACCGCCUACGACGUGGCCAAGCUGUACAAGCGCAGCGCCGUGCUCCGGCUGCUGGAGGGCGGCCGCCCCCCCGCCGCCACCGACUGAGGGGGGCCCGCCCGGACGCUGAGCCCGCCGGCCUCCUUCCUCCUCCUUCCCCCCCGCCUUUUAACAACGUCGGGUCCUACCUUCCUCCUAGUUUGGCCAUUUUUUUUUUUUAUUUUUUUUUUUUGGAUAGCGCAAAGCCGGAGAAAUUGCCGAGGUGGGUUUUUCUUUUUCUUUUUUUCUUUUUUUUUCAUUUUUUUUUCUUUUUUUUCUUUUUUUUUUUUUUUUUUAGAGGAUGCAAAUGGUCGAAAUCCGCCCCGCCGGCAAUUUCUGCCACCUCCCCGUGUAUAUGUCGGUCACUCCUAUGUAGCUACCCCACUAGCGGCUUCUCCCAAUUUACCUUAGCUCAUUAUUAAUCCCAAAGCCACCUAGUCACCUGCUUCUCGGCGUGCUAAGGGAGCCAAGGGGCACCGGGCCUUCCUGCACCCCCCCGCCCGGGCUCCGCAGCCGAGAUCUGGGGCCCCGCAGCGGGCCGGGGGUGUCGCUUGGCAGCUGGGGGGGCUGCCUGCAGUUCGCCCUUACCAGGAGCUUGUAGACGUAGGGCGCUUUCCUCCCCAGCAUAGAUGCCACUUCUCCCCUCUGUGUAUUUAAACUCGCACCGAGCUGCUUUUCAGUUUAGUUACCAGGAACAACCUGAGCGGCGUUUUUCAUUGCCAGAGGUUUCAAAGAGUUCCGCUUAGUGCUUCGUGUUCACUGUGCACUGGAGAAUACAGUUUUCCUAGCUUCAAACCAGCAGAUAACCAUUGUCAGAGCGAAGAGUGUCAGCAGGCUGUAACGCGACAAGUUUUCUGGUCACUUAAUAGGCUGAUCGCAGUCUAGAUGCUCUUAAGAAACGAUUGCUUUCCACCAGCUAUUCUGUUUUGUCUGGGAAAAAAUAAAUAAUGGUAGAAGCCUCUCACAAAACAUGAAUAUUUGAAUACGGUGAAACUGAGGAAGCAACACGUUUGGUCUUUGUAGAGUUCUAUUAUUCCUUGUGCCUAAAAAACGAUUUAACCCUUGAAAAUGUUCCCUUACAAUGUAGUUGAGUGUAUUCACAAGACCAAACCUCAUUUCCCUCUCCGGCUGCAAGGGGAGCUGAGGAUGCUCAGCGCCUUGUCGGGGGAGCGUAGCAGGAAACUUAACGUUGGUACAGAGGUGCUCGACACACGGGCAGUUGAAAGGGGAUAAUUUUGGACAACCUAUUUUUUAAUGGCACAAAAUAGUUUUUACAUCAACGUAAAAUAAAUAGAUAGCUACAAAACAGCACUUAAAAGAGGAGGGAGCGUACAUUAGUUUGCGUUUUCUCGCUUAAAAAAUAUUUUAGCCCCACGGAAUCAGUCACUGUUGUUUUUAAGUAAAAAAUAAUAAUUUCCUGCAAGUGUCCGCGCCGUUACCAUACUCUGUGUCACGCUGCUGUGUUUUCUGAUUAAAAACCUCUGCGAAACG